AUGGCCGAAGGUGGUAGCGUCCCCGGCUGGGAACAGCAUACCUGGCAGGACCAAGUCACCCGCUCUGCCGCUUCGCAAAUCGGACAUCCCGAUGCCGCGGCUCUCGCCCACCUGUCACGUGCGCUGUAUAUCCCCCGUCACGACAGAAAAACAGCUCACCUUGCCGUCCAUGACAUCAGCGCCCAGUAUGCAGCUGCUAAGGGCACACUCCCAAUCGGGUCCACCCGGUACGCGGUAGCCAUAGGAGUCAUGCCGAAACCGCAAAGCGAUGGACCAGACGAGAUCACCGUCUCGUACGAUGUGGAUUUUGAUGUUCAAAAAGAUGCAGAAGCCGUCCUGGGAUCGGUGAAAUGCCGAGCGCCGUCAUCUUCGCCCGCUGAGGUAGAAUUGUACGUUGCACUUUCUCUGCACGUCCCUGAAAAUGAUACUCAUACCCACAGGGAGAUAUCCACCACUGAGGACGAAGCCGCCAUCCUGAGUACAGAGAGCGCAGAUGAAACCGAGAUAUUCCUGGAUGUAACAUACCCCAUUACCCCCUCAUCAACCCGUAACGGGAUCGUCAAACACCCCUACUUCACCUUCCAGGUACCCGAUGCCGACGGUGUAUCAACAACCUUCCAAUGGCAGAUGCACCCCCGCCGGAACGGGCGCCUGCGGUAUACACUUGUCCGCAGCCCUGCAUCACAGCAAGAGCAGCAGGAACCCAGCAAUGGUGAUAUCCAGGCCGUGUACUACCACAUCGGGCUCGACGACUCCUUGGCGCUGCUGCACAGUGAGGGGUUCCUGCUUCUUCCUGCUGGUCAGACCUCCGUUGGAGAAAGUCUCGUGGUAGCCAGUGCUCUAGGGAUGCUGUGGCGGCUGCGGGAGCUUCACAGGGGAAAGGGUAAGAUUGUGAAGGCCGGGAAGACGAGCGAGAAGAAAUCGCGAUUGGGGUCGAUUAAACGACUGCUUGGAAGUAAGGAGUAA